AUGGGCAGAGCAGCCGGCCGCGACACGGCUGCUCCUGCUCCGGGCCCUCCUCGCCGCUCGUAUACUGCACCUCAACAUGCUCGCAGCACCAGCACCAGCAGCCACCUCCAAAAUCACGGUGUCGAUGCUGAAGCCGUAAAGGCUGCGGCAGCUGCCGCCGCCAUGGCGGCCGCUGCUGCAGCAGCCGAGUUCGGCACCUCUCCGACCACGUCCGACGUGUCCUCUGUCACUGCCAGCUCCCACCACCCUCCAACAACUACCAGCGCCAACGGCGAGGCCGUCGAGACCCUGUACAGCCACCCUGCGGCCAAGAUUCUUUCCUUCACGGCGGGCGCACGAAACCUCGACAACAUUGGCAGCGCCCACAGCCGAAGCGCCGCGCGAAGCCGACGGAGCUUAACCACGACCGCAGAAGACGAAAUUGUGCCUGGCACCCUGCCAUGGAGGUCCCAGUUCGACCGUACAAUCGCCGUCGGUGCCCUCAGUAUCUACCGUGCCCCCGGCUCCGUGGCUUUCCUUAGCUGCGGCAGCGCCCUCCAACCAAUUCUGCCCAAAAGUCAGUGCUGGUGUAUCGACGAGGAAUCAAGCAAGUUUAUCUUGCAGAUCCGACGACCCCAGUAUUGGCGCAUCGAGGUACCCGUAGGCGACGGUGGCGAGAACGACGAGCGUGCCCGCCGCUUGCGCGAGGUCCUGGACAACAUCCUGCAGUUCGAAAAAACACCCUGCCCGUUCAAGCGCACAUUCACUAUCGAGCUGCCCGAGCAACCGUCCACGCCAUUGAAGAAGAAACCAUGGACGCCUGUGAAGCGGCCAGAGGGCGAGAGUACAGGCUCAGGUUCCGGUUCCCAGCCCACGGCACACCAGAAACAACAGCGGUCGCAGUCCCCGCCCUCCUUACAAGAGAGAGACGAAGAGGACGAUGACGAUGAUGGAUCGGUCUUGUCCUCCGUUGUUUCCUCAGUUGCCCCUCCUCGACAAAAAUUGCAGCGGUCACAGACCCAACAAUCCGGUCUUGAACGACCUACCGAGUUUUCGAGAAGAGAAUGGCAGGCUAUGCUGGAAAGCCAGAAAAAAGGGUCAGCUCCUGAUGGCGUCGACGAGUUUGGUCGACGGCUCGUGCCUGCUUUAGUCGCUGAACACGAGCAGCGCAUCAGCGACCUCAAGGCCUCAGAGAUCGAAGUUAACAAGAUGGGAAACCCCUGGCACGACUCCGGUGGGACGUUUUCUCCGACGGGCGGACAGGGCAGUGGAAAACAACGAGACCGCGCCCUAUCACUUACGAGUGACAUCUCGACCUCGCAGAAGACUGCCUGGCCCUCCAUCGACGGAAGAUGGCUGGAGGAAUCCGACCAGUCGACGACUGCUGACUCGAGCAGCCCCUUCAACAGCCUACGGUCAUGGUUGUCUUCGGCAGGAGGUAAGGCUCUUGUUUCAUCACCCCCAUCCACCGCUGGUUCGGUCGCCGACGCCGCGGGAGUCCCACCAAGCCUCUCGUCGCUAUACGAAGACGCACGAAGGAAGUUCAACAGCGGUAUCGGUACACUCGAACAGCUCCAGCAGCAGCAGGAGAUGCAGCAGCCGCGUAUGCGUCAUCGCGCGACUACAUCUAGCAUUUCCGUGUCGAACCACGCGGCACUCCCGCCGGCUGUCAAUAUUAUUGCGCCGAGCCACCUCCGCAACCUCCAUAGCUCCGGACGCGCCACGACACGCCUUGAGGCGAUGCGGCGCAUCCCAGGUUCGAUCAUAUACAAAGUGUUUGAGAUCCUCCUCGCACCACCGAGCUAUCUACUUGCGUUGAUGCUCAAGAUUGCCGCGCGUAUCCUGAAGGGCGAGUGGCGGGGCUCUGCUAUUGGCAAGAACACCGAUACAGGCGAAAACAUCUCUGCCCAGUGGGACUACUCUGAUGUUGAAGACCCGCUGGGCCGCAGCACAGAACUGACACACCCGGACCACGAUGUCAGCCGGUUAAGCCUGUACACCGAGGCUGAUAACGAAGUAUAUACGGACGCCGAGGACAACAAUGACGAUGAAGACGACGACCACGACACGGCCGGCUACUUGUCGGCCGCGCCUAGUUUGAAGCGGAGCUCCUCUUCCGCCUCCAAGGCCGGCUCCGACUCGGACGACAGCGACACCCUCUCGGAUACCGGCGGCGACCCUAUUGUCUGGACGCGUCGCUGGGCCAUUGACUAA